AUGAUGGGAUACGGGGGUCAGGCCUUUCACCAUCAACAGGCGCAGCAGCAGCAACAGCAGCAGCAGCAGCAGCCUCAACAACCCCAUCAGGCAUCCCACGCCCAGCAUUCGCUGGGACCGCAGCGCCAGCAGCAUAUUCCAUCUCCAUCUUUGGGCGCGGCCCCAAAUUUGCCGCAACAUGGAGGCAGUCCAUUCCCCAGUACCAAACCCCUGUAUCGCGGGGGUCCAUCCCAACAGCAGGCAUUUUCAACCGGGCAAUCGCCUGAUAUGCGCAAAAUGGCCCCCGCAUCGUCGAGUCCAUUGGCGGGUUACCCCGCUGCGACUAGCUAUGGGCAGUAUCCAGGUCAGUUUGCGCAACAGGCCUCUCCCGACUUUAUGUCUCGUCCGGACUUUAUGACCCGUAAUUCGGAUCCCAUGGCCUUGCAAAACUUACAGCGUGGCUUUCAAAAUACCAUGACCCAUGUACGCGCAGGGCCAGGGAUGAGCUCUUCAACGGGCAUGACCCAAGGUCAUGGCAUGGGAAUUCCAUCACCUCAGCAAUCAUUGAACAGGCUCCCCCACUCGGGCAUCCAGCAAAGAGAAAAUCAUUCUUCUGCCAGUCCAUCUAUGGCCAGUCCCUCAAUGUUCGCUAUAAAUCAGCAGCGCCAGCAGCCACAAUCCCAACCACAGUCACCCCAGCAAACACAGCAGCAAUUGCACCAAUUCCAGCAACAGAGACAGCACCAGCAGCAGCAGUACCAGCAACAGUACCAACAACAGCAGUACCAACAACAGCAGGAGCGUCUUCAGCAGCAAAGGUUAGAGCAACAGAAGCAACUCCAACAGCAGCGCCUUGAAGAGCAACAGCGCCUAGAGCAACAGAAACAGCAGGAACAGCAAAAACUGGAACAACAGCGCCAGGAGCAGCAGCGCAUAGAGCAACAGCGUUUAGAACAGCAACGCGCUGAGCAACAACGCGCUGAGCAGCAACGAGCUGAGCAGCAACGUCUUGAGCAGCAGCGCCUGGAACAGCAAAAGCAGCAGGAACAGCAACGACUGGAGCAGCAGAGAAAGCAGCGCCUUGAACAGCAGCGGCUGGAACAAGAGCAAAAACAACAGUUAGAGCAGCAACAAAAACAGCAGCUGGAGCAACAGAGGUUACAAAAGUUGCAGCAACAGACUAUGGCGCAUAAUCCAUACCAGCAGCAGCAACACUCUCCAUUCGCACAACACUCCCAGAUUCCGUUCCAUCAAUAUCAGCCGCAUGCUCAAACUCAAAAUCAGUAUUCGCAGCAGCAGCAUCAGUUCCCUCAGGCCUCUCAACAGCCUCAUUUUGCCCAACCUCAACAGACGCAAUUCCAACACUACCAGCCCCCCUCACAGUCUGCAGUUGAAAAGUCUACCCGGCCUGCCGCGGUUGCUGCUCCUCCACCCGCGCAUGCGCCUGCGCCUAGUGGUAAUUUGACCAUCAAGCCUGAACAUCCGAGUCCAGCGCCAAAGAAAAAGUCAAAGCCUAGGCAAUCUACAGCUGCGCAGACUUCAAAUCAACCUCAAGCCACUCCUCAGCCCCCACCUCAGUCUCAACCUUUGGCCCAUUCUCAGGCUCAUUCUCAGGCUCAUUCUCAGGCCCAUGCUCAGGCCCAUGCUCAGGCCCAUGCUCAGGCCCAACAUCAGGCUCAAGUUAUACCGAACGCUCCUGUCCCCGUUACUGCAACGACUGGCGCACCAAUGCAGACAAAUGGGCAAGUGCAAGCACAAGCAGCUACUGCGCCAGCAGCCGGUGGUGUACCCCUUAACCCAGCGGUACCUGUGAAACGCAAGCGCGGCCGCCCAAGGAAAGAGGAAGUUGCAGCCAGACAAGCGGCGGCGGCCGCUGCGGCAGCAGCAGCAGGUCAUCCUCUCCCACAACCUGGACAGCCAUUCGAUCCCACGAUGGCUUCCUCUGCAUCAGGCUCCGCUGGAGCGCCCGGCUCAACCCCUCAAAUGACGAUCGGCCCCGAUGGAAAGCCGCAACUUCCCAAGCGUAAACGUGGUCGCCCUCGCAAGGCUGAUCAGAUCGCCUGGGCGAAAUUAACUGGCCAACCCCUGCCACCGCCGAAACCGAAGAAACCGUCUGCUGCAAAGAAACCCGGUACUGGCCGACCUCGUGGUAGGCCUCGUAAAGCUGAUUUGGCUGCGGCGGCUGCGGCUGCGGCUGCGGCCGCCGCCGCGGGCGAAGGUGGCGGUGGUCAGGCACAGGGAGAGAGCAAGUCGCAGACGAGUGACAAGGUUGACACGAAUGGCGCUCAAAAGCGCUCAGCGCCCGCUGACGAUGACCCACGCAAGCGAGCUUGCCCAACGCCUCCAUACCCUCAACAAGGCCAGCCUCUGCCUCCAGCCCAACAACAGGGACAGCAAUUGCCGGCUCAGAGCCAAGCACAUUCGCAACAAAAUCAGGCACUGCCGAUGCAGCAGCAACACCAUGGAAUUCCACAAAAUCAACACAUACCGCAGCCAGGACAGCAUAUGGGACACCAACCUGGUCAGCACCUGCAACAACAGCAGAACCAGCAACACCCACAGGGUCAGCAAUUGCCUAUGCAAGGUGGUCAUCCGAUGUCUUUGCCCCCACACAUGCAGAUGCAUCCACAAGCUGGUGUUCACCCUUCCCGACAGACGCCAUCCCAUCCGUACAUGCAAACCCAAAUGCCUUCGAUGCAGUCUCCGAUGCAGCAGUCGCCAAUGCAACUUCCCCAGCCAAUUCACGGCCACCCUUCACAUCCGGGCCAGCAGCAGCAACACCAGCAGCAGCAGCCAGUGCAGGGCCAGCACUUUGCUCAAAGUCGUGCCCCCGCUCAGCAGCAGAACCGAGCUCCACCGGCUCCAGCACCGCAGCAUCAGCACCAACAUACCUUCCAGGUUCAGCUCCAGCCUCAGACAACCUAA